AUGGGCGACUCUACUGAUAUUAAGAACGUGAUUGAAGCUUUUCAAGCCUUGGAUACUGGGUCCCAGAAGCAAGCACUCCAAACCAUAGCGAAAAGGGUUGAUGAAUUGCGAAAUGUGCUUUCCAAGUCACUAUGUUUUGAUGUUAUUGGAAACAUGCCAGUGGAACUAGUUUUUCAGGUCGCGUUCUAUCUGGAGCCCUCCGAAAUUUUCAUCAUGCGCAUGGUGUCAAAACGAUGGAAUGAAUUGUUUUCUAUCUCGACCGCUUGCAAGACUAGUUUCCAGUCUUUUAUUCCCUCCCGAAAUCUCGAUACUACCGCUCCUACCUGGGAGGAGACAUUUACUAAAUACGCUAAGCAGCACCUGGCUUUGAAAAUGGGAAGACCCUUUAGCAAAGCUCUCUUUAUUUUUGCCCGGAGAUUUAACGAACAAGCAUCCCAUGUAACUUAUUCGAGUGGCAUGGUUGCAUACCAAACUUCGGGGCCCGGAUUGCCACCUUCGCUGCGCGUGCUCAACCUGCGUACCAGCAAAGUGAUAACUUUCUCGCCAACACACGUCAUUGCCCAUAUUCGAUUGAAUGAAGAAAUUGUAGCUGCCGUCCUUCUGAAUUGCUGGUGUGAAGUAUGGAAUCAUCGAUCAGGGAAAAAAGGAACGUUCCGCCUGCCUGAUGGAAGCAAGGUGACCGACUUCGCUGUUGAUGGCGAAACAGUCGCUGUUUCUUUUGGAUACCUCCAAGUACUGGUUUGGAACUUGAAUUCUGACGUGAGCCGGGAGGUGCUUCUUCCUCGAAUGCCUCUUUGUUUAGUGUUGGAUGCAAUGGAGGACCGCCUCAUGGCUCUAUACCCUAUACGGAUAACACCACCGGCGAAAACUACCGGAAAAGAGCAGAAUACAGCAGAUAAUACAACAAACCUAAAGGCAAAAGUAACCGACAUAAGCUCUCCGAAGAACGGAAAUCUUCUCAAAAUCGAGGUGCCAUUCGAUUUGCCUAAUAUUGAAUGGAGACAUCCCUUGUUUCUCAAUCACUCUGGGGCGUGCAUUGUUUGCCCUCAGAACCCACUUCCUGCAUUGGAUACGAGUCUCUAUGUCGGAUUUAUGACUUACAGCAAGCCUUUGCAAAAAUUUCUUGUGCGCACGUAUCAGAACGAUAAGCUUUCAUCACGAUGCCGAUGCUACACCGGAACAUCGGAAGUUAUCGUAUCUGAAGAAAUAGCAUAUCGAUUCCACCAGCGAGCCGAUGGGCCCUUCCUACUCAUUCUGGACCCUCGAAGCCCUGAAGGGUGGAGGUCUGUUCGAAUAGAGGGGUUGAGAAUUUUGGUACCGGCUUCUAGGCUUUUCGAAAAGGUCUGCGAGGUGCCCAAUGGUAUUCGUGGGGAUGACAAGUUUCUUGUUUUUGUCUAUGAUGAUGGCGUGGAGGUUUGGUGCUUUGACGAAGACGAGGAGUACGAUGACGACCCCGACUAUAGGAAGGAGUAUGAAAAACAAGCGGCCGAGAGAGCUGCAGCACGACAAACGCGUGAGAGACCCAACCAGGCUAGUUUGUUCCAGUAUUACAUGCAUAGCUCAGGGAUAGUGCCAUAG